CGGAUGGGCGGGGCUUGGAGGCGUGUUAAGAGUGCGCGGCAGUGCGACCACGAUGCCUGGGAAGCGUCCAUGGCGUGGCAGGGGCUGGCGAACGAAUUCCUGCAGGUGCCGGCGGUGACGCGGACGUACACCGCGGCCUGUGUCCUCACCACCGCCGCCGUGCAGCUGGAACUCCUCAGUCCCUUCCAGCUCUACUUCAACCCGCACCUCGUGUUCCGGAAGUUCCAGGUUUGGAGGCUCAUCACCAACUUCCUCUUCUUUGGGCCCCUGGGAUUCAGCUUCUUCUUCAACAUGCUCUUCGUGUUCCGCUACUGCCGCAUGCUGGAGGAGGGCUCCUUCCGCGGCCGCACGGCCGACUUCGUCUUCAUGUUUCUCUUCGGGGGCGUCCUGAUGACUCUACUGGGGCUCCUGGGUAGCCUCUUCUUCCUGGGCCAGGCCCUCACGGCCAUGCUGGUGUACGUGUGGAGCCGCCGCAGCCCUGGGGUGAGGGUCAACUUCUUUGGCCUCGUCACCUUCCAGGCGCCGUUCCUGCCCUGGGCGCUCAUGGGCUUCUCAAUGCUGCUGGGCAACUCCAUCCUGGUGGACCUGCUGGGGAUUGCGGUGGGCCACGUCUACUACUUCCUGGAGGACGUCUUCCCCAACCAGCCUGGAGGCAAGAGGCUGCUGCUGACCCCUGGCUUCCUGAAGCUGCUACUGGAUGCCCCAGAGGAGGACCCCAAUUACCUGCCCCUCCCCGAGGAGCAGCCAGGACCCCUGCAGCAGUGAGGACCCCACCCCCACCCCUGGCCUGCAGCGCAGCUCCCUGUCCUGGAGGCCGGGCCUGGGCCCAGGGCCCCGCCCUGAAUAAACAAGUGACCUGCAGCCUGUUCGCCACAGCACUGGCUGUCCUGCCGCGGCCGGCCUCUCCACGCGGGGCAGGUGCUGCUGGCCGAGAGCCAGGGCCACCAAGCCUGACCUGCUCUCCGACCCAGCACAGGUGGCACAGCCGGAGGCCCAGAGAGGGUCCAGAACCUGCCCGGUCGCCAGCAGAACACUGAGCACAGAGGGCAGCCCUGCGGGGUUCUCAUUCCCGCCCUGCCUGUGCCGUAAUGCAGCUUCCACUGAUGGGCUCACAUCUCGGGGGCGGGGCUGGGACUGGGAUGCUGGGUUGUGCUGAGCUUUGGCCGUGGGGGCCCUCCGUUGACGCCUCCCUAGGGCCCUCCUGUCCCGAACUAGCAACCCCCAAGGGGACCUCUGCCUCAUUUCCCAGCCAGGCCACUGAAUGACGGGCCAGAUGCAGAAGAGGGCCAGGCCCUUUCUGUGACUCCGAAGCCUCAAGUGUCAGUGUUUGCAGAGUCCAGUGGCUGAGGCAGAGGCCUCUGGGAAGCUCUGCUCCUGCCGUUUGCAGCUGAGGCUGGCCGGAGCCUCACCUGGCCCCCAGCUCAUGGGCAUCGGAGGACCAGUCCACACGGUGGUUUACUCCUGGGUCAGCAUCAGCCGCCGUCGGCUGUCACUUUCACAGAGGAUAAAAGUACUCGCUCUGGA